AUGACAAAUUUUUAUUUAUUUUUAUUAAUAAGUGCAUUUAUUUACGAAAAUGUAUCGGCUUCCACGGGCGACAGGUCCCAGUUUUAUAGACAGUGUUUAAUUGUUUGUUAUUCCACUAGUUGUAAACACAAUGUUGAAUUUGAAGUUGUUUCCUUUGAAGAUGGUGGAUUCUUAUCCUGGUCAUGCGAAGAAAACUGCCGGUAUGAUUGCAUGUGGGAAACUGUUAAUCAUUUUGUUGAUCACGGUCAUCACGUACCACAGUUUCAUGGCAAGAUUUGCCUGAAUGCUUGGUUUUGGUCGGCAGUAUUCCAUGCAAGAGAUAAACCAUUCACUGAAGUAAUGGAUUACUCUUGUGCAUUUACUAUGGUGAUAACUCUCCUCUUCUGUAUGCUGACAAGAAUAUUACAUAAAAACAAUAAGAUACUUGCUGUGAUAACUUUUGGAUAUAUUUGUAUUCUCGUCACUCAUUUGUCUCAUCUGUGGUCUGGAAGCAUUAAUUAUGGAUAUAAUAUGAAAAUAAAUAUUUUUUUUGGGUUUUUGACGUUUCUUAUCACGAUGAUUUGGUGGUAUCGUAAUUCUUCAAAACUUUCUCAUUCUUAUCUUAUCGGCUGGUUUACGAUCUUGACUGUGGCGGUUACUCUAUUAGAAGUAGCUGAUUUUCCACCGAUAUUUUGGACCCUUGAUGCUCAUGCCCUUUGGCAUGCUUCUACCGCUCCGCUUGUUUAUUUAUUAUACAAAUUUAUCAUCUCAGACUGUCAUUAUUUAAGAAAGCAAUAUAGUUAUCAGGUAAUAUCAGACAUUCACAUUGACUAA